UGUACACAGGAGCCGUGAUAACAGGAGAGCAGAUACAGAGUGGGCAAAUCUGUUCUAACCUGGCAGGCAGACAGAAAGGGACAAAGUUUUACUCACUGUGAUCUGGAACAUCCCAACAGCAACAACAACAGGCUGAAAGGGAAGAGAUAGAGGCCUGGGGAAAGGAGAAAUGGAAGGAGGCGGAACUGAAACAACUAGAGGAGAACCCAGCAAAACAUUAAGGUUUUAAACAGAGAGAGAGAACAGAUCCUUAAUGUAUGGCUUCACUGCUGUCACUGAUCUGAGAGGGUGUUUCAGAGGAAGUACAACAGUGACACUGCCAAAAUAUAUUGGUUGACUAAGCUGGAGAGCAGGUUAAACACAACAGGAACACAACAAGAGUGUGCUGGGUUAGAGGGGUGUGAGUGAUUGCAGAUGUCCUCGAGCACAGCCCGUGACAGACUACGAAGGCCUUGUCCAUAAAUUUUAUUUUGAGAACAGUGGACACCAUGAAGCUGUCUGGAACUGUGCUAGACCUGGACUACACUAUGACUCUUGACCCCACCUACACUAUGCUGGAGUUUGACAGCCUGAGAAUGCUCCCUGUGGAAACAGACCCUCUAACACCAGAGUCAACCUCUAUAGCUCCAGCAGCCAAUGGGAGUGUUUGCUCCAUCUGUGCAGACAAAGCCACAGGAAAACACUAUGGGGCAUCCAGCUGUGAUGGCUGCAAGGGUUUCUUCCGGAGAAGUGUACGAAAGAAUUAUGCCUACACUUGCAGGUUUAGCAGACAGUGUGUGGUAGACAAAGACAAGAGGAACCAGUGUCGCUACUGCCGGCUGCGCAAGUGCUUCAGAGCAGGCAUGAGGAAGGAGGCUGUCCAGAAUGAGCGAGACCGCAUUAGCACCCGCAGACCAGAUGACAUGGGGGUGGGGUCUCUGGCCAUUAGUGUGCUUCUGCAUGCAGAAGCCAGUGCACACCAGUUAUCAGCCCUGACCCCACCUGUCAACUGUGACAUCAGUACUAAGAAGAUUGCCAGUGUGGGAGAUGUGUGUGAGUCAAUGAAGCAACAGCUACUUCUGCUGGUGGAAUGGGCAAAAUAUAUCCCAGAAUUCUGUGCACUGCCUGUGGAUGAUAGGGUGCUUCUGUUACGAGCCCAUUCUGCUGAGCACCUCAUUUUGGGAGUUGCUCGGCGCUCCCUGCCCUACAAUGACAUUAUUUUACUGGGAAAUGACUUCAUCAUCCCAGUGAAUGGGCCAGAGCUGGAGGUGUCCAGAGUGGCAGCUCGUAUCCUGGAGGAGCUGGUCAAGCCCCUGAGGGAGCUCGACAUCACAGACGGGGAGUUUGCCUGCCUCAAGGCCAUUGUGUUUUUCGCCCCAGAUUGCCCAGGUUUGGAGUGCUCUCAGGCGGUGCGCAAGCUGCGCUUCCAGACCCAGGUCCUGUUGGAGGAGACGGCCGGGGAGCAGCGAGGGCGUCUGGGAGAGCUGCUGCUGACCCUGCCCCCACUGCAGAGCAUAGCCUGGCAAAUGGUGGAGCAGCUCCAGCUGGUGCGGCUCCUGGGCGAGGCGCAGGUCGACAGCUUGCUGCAAGAGAUGCUGCUGGGAGAAAGGGCAAUUACAGGGGAAGCAGGGACACACCCAGGUGCCAGCCCAGAUGUCCUCACAUUCCCUGCACCUGGAGCCUCUGCUCUGCCACGGGACAUAGUGGGGGGCCACAUCAUGUUGCCUGGAAACUUCACUUCAGUUAUCCUUCCAGUACCCACCUCAGCUGCACUGGUGCCUACCAAUACCCGUACUACUGAGGCAUACGAGCACGGGGAGGGUGCCCACGUACCCACAGAGUCACUGCACAGCCUGACGGUGCCACCUGUCCAUACCUGUCUCUGAGUGACACAUACAAUGGGGCGACUGGCCUGUUAUUGUCUGUAGGAAAGCAAGCCAGAACACAAGUACAUAUAUGUGUGUGUGUGCACACAGACACAGACACACACACACACACACACACACACACACACACACACACAUCCACAUUUUCAUUAAAAUAUUGAGUCAGAUAACAAAAGUGUGUAAUUCUUCAUGGUUGUCAAUAAAAUAAAAAUAUCAGGAUUAGAGUGGUCAUCACACUGAAAAUACAAAUGC